CCAAUAAAUGAAGCCAGGGUUGUGACUUUUUGAUCCAGGCAUGCCUAGGCUUAAUUUCAAUUGUGGCUUUGAGAUUUUGCAGUUUGCCAACCAUAAUGGCCUACACUCUGCUGCUCUUCUCUGCCUUUGCCCAGGCAGUUUCCAUAGAUGCAUUCAGCUUCUCCAGGGAAAGUACAGAUGACCUCAAAGCUCUGCAGGUCUCCAUUGGCAAAUACCCACCCAUCCGAGCCGUGCUUUCUGGCAGCCUCACCAUUCCCUGCCACGUUACCUAUCUGCGGCCGCUGCCCACUUCUGGACCCGCAGGCCGCCGUGCUGUCCAGGGGGCACCACGUGUGAAAUGGACCUUCCUCACAGAGGGCAGAGAAGCUGAGAUCCUGGUGGCUCGAGGCCUGAAAGUGAAGGUGAGCGAAGCCUACCGCGACCGAGUCUCCCUUCCCUUCUACCCAGACUCGCCAAUGGACGCCACCUUGGUCCUGAGUGAACUGCGGACCAAUGACUCUGGCAUCUACCGCUGUGAUGUUCAACAUGGGAUCGAGGAUGGCCAUGACCUGCUGGAGGUGAAGGUGAAAGGAGUUGUGUUCCUUUACCGAGAAGGCUCUGCCCGCUAUGCGUACACCUUUGCCAAUGCUCAGGAGGCAUGUGCCAGGAUAGAAGCAGAGAUUGCGACUCCGGAGCAACUGUACGCUGCCUACCUCAGCGGUUAUGAGCAGUGUGACGCAGGCUGGAUUGCUGACCAAACUGUCAGGUACCCCAUACAGACCCCUCGGGAAGCCUGUUACGGAGAUAUGGAUGGGUUCCCGGGUGUCCGGAACUAUGGCAUAGUGGAUCCAGAAGACAUGUAUGAUGUCUAUUGCUAUGUUGAAGAACUGUAUGGAGAGCUGUUUGUGGUGAGCUCUCCAGAAAGAUUCACUUUGGAGGAGGCCAAGGCGGAGUGUAAGGCCUUGGGAGCAGAGAUUGCCACGACAGGCCAGCUGUAUGCAGCCUGGAAUGAAGGGCUGGACCGCUGCAAUCCCGGCUGGCUGGCAGACGGAAGCGUGCGUUACCCCAUCGUGACCCCGCGGGAGAAGUGUGGGGGGAAUGUCUCGGGGGUCAAAACCAUCUUCCUCUUUCGCAACCAGACUGGAUUUCCAGAUCCCCAAAGCAAAUAUGACGUGUAUUGUUUUAGAGAAGAGAGAAGCCCUUUCUCUGAGUCUCCUUCCCCCAAGACAGAAGGCAGCGAGGAGAUUGUGACUGUGACAGAAAAGAUGGAAGAGCUGCGGCUGCCCAAAGCGGAGCGUGAGGUGGCGAAGGAAUCCAGAGGGGCCAUUUAUUCCGUGCCCCUUUUGCAGGACAUCCUUGAAGCUCAGCAACAAAAGCCAAGCAGUGCCCCUGAAGAAGAGGCUGCCCCACAAGGGCCUGAGGCAGGCCCAGGUAGCUGCGGUAUAAGUCCAAGACAGAGAGAUGAGGAGAGGGGAAAAGAAAGAGGUGGAGGCUGCGCAGAGAGACACAGGCAUGGGGAAUACACGGAUGAAGCAUUGAGUGCCGAGGGAGACCCUGUGUUGGAUCUAGGUCAGCUGGGAGAAGAGGAGUCUGAUGAGGAGCCGAAUCUGCCUGGGCCUUCAGAGGCGGCUCUGGAGGAGUCCGAGUCCACAGUAGGAGAUGAGGUAGCAAGCACCACUCAGGCAUGGUCCCAAACAUCUCCAGAUCUCAGCAGGUCAGAAGAUGAGUUCCAUGGCUUCCAUGGCCCUACAGGACCUGCCCUGGCACCUGCUGAAGAGCAUGGAGGAGAAGUUGUGACAGAAGCUGGCUCUUCAGAUAACCUAGAUGCUGGUGAAGAAAGCCGAGGGGCAGGUGGCUCUGAAGAGCUGCACGAAGACCUGUUGUCAUCUUCUGCCUCGGAGAUUGCAGCUGAAAGAAAGGUGGUUCAUCUGGAGCAGUUGGCUAGAAAUAUCAGCUACAGCGAUCCUGAAGAAGCUGGCAUUCUUCCUCAUCCAUCAAAGGGCUCAGGAUUGCCUGAUAACUCCUCUGCAGCUGUGCAGCCCCGUAUGUACAUAACCCCACAAAGUGGGCUUGUUCCUGGACUCACAAGCAGCCAUGUCCCCAGUGAUCCUAGUGACUCAGCAGAUGCAGAGUUUUCAGGGGCUGUGCCUCUGGGAACGGUCACAUCCGUGGACAGGACAGCAGCGUCGGUGACAGCACUGCCAGAGUACUUGAGCACAAUUGCCACCAGCCUGUCUAAAAAGAGCGAGGAACAUUUGAGGUCUGUGUGGAUUUCACCCACUGCUGCCACGGGAUUUGCCACUUCCACUCCCAAAGAGGCCAUGGUUGACUCGGGACACACAGUUAGCAUCCAGAUGGAGGCCACCGUGACCCAUGGCAUAAGUGCCACACCAGACCCGUCAGCAGAAGAAUUGGAUGAAGAAAGGGAAGCACCCGUGGCUACCCCAGUGCCACCUGGAGGCAACAAGUGGCACAACAGGCAGAAGGAAGCUGCCCGCUCACCCGCUGAGGGCAUCUCUGGAGACAUGUCAAGCUCGCCAUUCAUGAGCCCUCUGUUCACGGAGCCCUCCUUGACCACAGCCCAGCCUCUGCCUGUCCUGCCCACCGAAAGCACCAGCCUUGGAGCAGGUGGGAACAUUUCAGGUGACUGCAUCCCAAACCCCUGUAGGAAUGGAGGCACCUGCACUGAAGAGGGGAAUCACACGGGGUGCCUCUGCCUACCAGGCUAUGGAGGAGAGGCUUGUGAGAUUGACUUGGAAAAGUGCAGGCCCGGCUGGGACAGCUUUCAAGGGUUUUGCUACAAGCACUUCUCCAGCCGGAGGAGCUGGGAAGAUGCUGAGACCCAGUGCAGGAAUCUUGGAGGGCACCUUGCAAAUAUAAUGACACCUGAAGAACAGAACUUCAUUAACAAUCGGUACAAGGAGUAUCAAUGGAUUGGUUUGAAUGACCGGACAAUUGAAGGCGACUUCCAGUGGUCAGAUGGGAGUCCUCUGCUUUAUGAGAACUGGCAUCCUGGGCAACCAGACAGCUAUUUCCUUUCUGGAGAGAACUGUGUCGUGAUUGUUUGGCAUGACGAAGGGAAGUGGAGCGACGUGCCCUGUAACUACCACCUGUCCUACACCUGCAAAAUGGGGCUGGUGUCCUGCAGUCUACCCCCGGAGGUGGCAGAUGCCCAAAUAUUUGGUAAACUAAAGCGACGCUACGAAAUCAAUUCUGUCAUCCGGUACUGGUGCCAAGAAGGGUUCACCCAGCGCCACUCCCCUGUCAUCAGGUGCCAGGAGAACGGGCAGUGGGAGCAGCCGUCAUUCACUUGUAUCCCAAGGAUCGAUCAACUCCAGGAAUGAACAUUCAUCUGUGACUGUCCAUCAUCCCAGAUUCACAAUCAAGUCAGGAAUUAUUUUACAUAAAUCAGCAUGAACAACCAGCAAGGAAUGACAAUGGUGCCUUCUGUUUCCCUGUUGUUAUUUUUAUUGUAUAAGUGUGUAUAUAUAAAGAAAUUCUAAUAACUAAA